AUGGGAAAGAAAUUAACUACUAUUCCUUCCAGCCCCACAAAUCCUGAAACAAAUUUAAAUCGUAUGUGGAAGAAUAGUCAACAUUUGAUGGACUCCUUUUGGAAAAGAUGGCAAAAGGAAUAUUUGAUGGACUUGCGUACAUUUCAUCAAGUGCGGAAUCCAUCUGAAACAAAUAAAAUACGGAAAGGGGACAUUGUCCUACUACAAGAAGAUGUUAGACCUCGCCACACCUGGAAAAAGGCCCGUGUUGAGGAGCUAAUCCUUGGCCGCGACAAGAAAGUCCGUACUUGUGUUCUGCGCACCAAUGGACAUACCAUUACCCGACCUGUGCAGCUGGUCAUCCCCCUGGAGGUUGACCAGGGUGGGGAGGAUGUUGCGGCAAAGCCAGCGAACUAUUAA